AGCAAUUGUUGUGUGGUGUGAGAAACAGAAAGAGGAAAAGAGAGAAUGGCGGCUACUGUAUCUGCUUGGUCUAAACCGGGAGCAUGGGCACUGGAUUCCGAGGAACACGAAGAGGAACUCCUUCAACAGAAGAACCACAUCGAUGACACCAAGCCACUCGCCGACUUUCCUUCCCUCGCCGUCGCCGCUGCCACCAAGCCCAAGAAGAAGAAACCCCAGACCCUCUCUUUGGCUGAGUUCACCGCCAAACCCGUUGAGCCCGUGACCCAUCAAGAUCUCUACUCGCUGCCCACCGGUCCGCGCCAGCGAACUGCCGAGGAACUCGACCGCGAUCGGAAUCGACUCGGCGGUGGCUUCAAGUCCUACGGUGACCGGUCCAACAGGAAUUCUGGCGGCGACGAGUCUUCCAAUUCCAGAUGGGGUUCAUCUAGGGUUUCUGAUGAGCCCAGGAGGAACGGUUCGUUUGGUUCUAGGGAUAGGGAUUCGAAUCGCGAGAUGGCACCCUCGCGAGCUGAUGAAACUGAUAAUUGGGCUGCUGCGAAGAAAUCGACCGUUGGGAACGGGUUUGAGAGGAGGGAAAGGGAAAGAGGGGUUUUUUUCGAUUCACAGUCGCGAGCUGAUGAAUCUGAUAGUUGGGUUUCCAAUAAGAACUUUGUGCCAUCGGAGGGAAGGAGAUUUGUUUCCAAUGGUGGUGGUGGUUUUGAAAGAGAGAGGAAGGUUGGGUUUGGUUCCAGCGGCGGUGCAGAUUCUGAUAACUGGAACAAGAAGAAGGGUGAAUUCAACGGUGGCAGUGAAAGAGGUGAGACUGGUGGUGUAAGGCCUAGGCUUGUUUUGCAACCUCGGGCACUGUCGGUGAGUAAUGAAAGCACAGAAGGAGUUGCUUCUGGGAAUGUAGCAAAGCCUAAGGGCCCAAAUCCAUUCGGAGAGGCAAGGCCAAGGGAGCAGGUUUUGGCUGAGAAAGGGCAAGAUUGGAAAAAGAUUGAUGAGCAGCUUGAGACCAUGAAGAUUAAGGAAACUGUUGAUGGGUCUGGGAAGAGGGGUUUUGGUUCUGACAAUGGACGUCCUAGUUUGCCAGAAUAUCGCACUGAGAGGAGUUGGAGGAAGGCAGAAUCUGAUGAUGAUCGCCCAAAAAGUGCUGAGAAAGUGGAGGAGGAACACGUUGAUGAAAACUGAAGAAAUGUCAAUCAUUUUGUACCUGCUGAUUGAUCGAUAAGAGAGUUGAAAGGAACAUUGACUAUUAAGAACUUAUUUUUUGUUUCCUAUUGAAGUUUUGUCUCUAUUUAUCUUUUCAUGUUUAAAGACAAUUUUGGUAGGUAUGGUGGUAGCUCAGUCAGUCUCAAGAUUUUAUGGCUAUGUUUGUAGUUAAAUGUUGCCGUGUCAUUUUUGUUUUAAUUUUCACCAUUUAUAAUCUAUAUUAGCUUGAUGAUGAACCGUCGAUUUUAUUAUUAAUGUUUUUUA